AUGGUUGGAAUUCGCAUCUUCGCCACGAUCGCCUUUUUCGGCAGCACGAUGGCUCAUUUUGGUCCUCGGCCGCCAGUGAGGAAUCCUGGCUGUGGUGAUGUAGAUGUCUUUUUCACGGGGUUGCCUCCAUUCCACCCUCUAGUCAUUGAACAAGGCUUCGACCCGAACAUGGUUAACAAUGCCCUGAGGCGCGAUGCCGCCGAAAUCGUGGAAGCUGGAUAUAACCUUAGAGGCGAGUCUCGAAAGAGGGGCUAA